GAGCCAAGAAAUAGUUAAUCUCUCCGGCUGCUGCUAUGAUUGGCCGCUGUAUGCAGCCCUCAGCCUCCUUGAAUGAGAAACAGGGGUAACCAGGCAACUUCAGAGCUGGAGAGAGGGGAGAAGAAGAAGAAAAAACAAGAUCGAGCUUUACGGGAUUUCUGAAUUAUGGGAGAAUUAUGAACAUGUAAAGCGCGAGGCGAUGUGAUUUCACCUUGGAAAUGGAAUUAACAAAUGGAUUUUCUUAAACACUCUCUCUCCCUCUCUCCCUGCCUCUCUCGCUCAUUGGGGGGAAAUAGAGCGCUCAAAUGAAGGGGACACAGAUGUGGAUUAAAACGGAUAAAUGGGACACUCCAGAGAAACAUCCUCUGAGUUAAGUGCUCGGAGCAAGUGACUGUGAUGGGCUGUCGGACGGCAUCUGAAGGACCAAAAAGAAUAAUAUCUACUCCUGACCUACUCUGAAGAACAAUAUCUGAUUCAAUCAAUGUUGCAGUCUCCCCCAGGGGGAAUUACUCCUGAGUAAUAGGUGGACCCUCAGAAAAGAGCAACACUGGAUCAUGUGAUACUUGACCUUCAAGGAGAGAACUCAGGUACACUCCAGAAGAUGUCAAAUUUCAUCUGAGGCUGCACUCUAGAGGAUCCCAUAUCUUAUAAUCCAACCAUCUUUUCAUGUGUGGUUCAGCAAUACUCAAACACCAUGGGCCAGUAGUGACGGAGUGUACUCAUCAAUGCUGGAUCUUCAUUUAUUGAGGAGCACCUGACAUCUCAUCAUGGAUUUGAAUGAGAUUUUCUCCACAAAAGAGCGGCUCUAAGAAAGACUGGAGUGUGGGGGAAUUGGACACUGGGAGUUGGGAGGAUUAGCUAGUGUGCUGCUACCCCAUGGUGGAUCUGCUGUGAGCAGGACAAGGGACCCAGCAGUGGAGGAUGUCAGCGGAGGCCGAGCUCCAGCCGGGUGUCAAAACCAGCCAGCGAAAGGAGUCCAGGAGGAUCAAAGGUCAAGACCGCAGUGAGGCGGGGCUUAUUAAGCGUUUCCGUGGAGAUGGCGUGCGCUACAAGGCCAAGCUGAUCGGGAUUGAUGAGGUGACAGCGGCGCGCGGGGACAAGCUGUGCCAGGACUCCAUGAUGAAGCUGAAGGGAAUGGCUUCCUCGGCACGUUCCAAAGGGGAGCACAAGCAGAGAGUGUUCUUGACGGUCUCUUUCGGUGGGAUCAAGAUUUACUGUGAAAGAUCAGGGGUGCUCAUGCAUCACCACUCAGUCCACGAGAUCAGCUACAUCGCCAAGGACACUAGGGACCACCGGGCCUUUGGCUACGUCUGCGGGAAGGAGGGCCACCAUAAGUUUGUGGCCAUCAAGAACGCACAGUCGGCGGAGCCACUCAUUAUUGACCUGCGCGACCUCUUCACGCUCAUCUACGACAUUAAACAGCGGGAGGAGAUGGAGAAGAAGGCCCAGAAGGACAAACACUGUGAGCAGGCGGUCUACCAGACCAUCCUGGAGGACGAAGUGGACGAUCCAGUUUACCAGUACAUAGUGUUUGAGGCUGGACACGAACCCCUCCGUGGCCCCCAGUCAGAGGAGAGCGUUUAUCAGGUCCCAACCGGUCAGCAGAAGGAAGGGAUCUAUGAUGUCCCAAAACGCCAUUUCAUGACUAACAUCAACCACUUUGAUCUUUUUGGCGACAUGUCCACUCCUCCCUCGAUGCCCCCAUCCCCCGCCAACACACUGGACCCUAGCAGGAGCAGCCGACAGCAGCAACACACUGCCGAGUUGUACGCCCCCUUCAGCCCCACCUCUGUGCCGUCAGGUUAUAUGACCAUGGGUCCGGUGCAGGCCGCCCAGUGGGCGCAGCAGCCAUUUCCUGGCCAGGCUCAGACUCUGGCCUUCCCCGUGCAGGGGCCCCUCCAGGUGGCUCAGGUCCUCCCCGGUGGUCAGCCCGUCAUCUGGAGCCAGGCCAACAUUUUCCCGGCCACUCAGCAGCAGUGGGCGGCCAUGGCAGCCUACAUGCCCGCCCAGACCGUGGGCGUGGGAGGGCACGCCAUAUCAGCUGCCAUGCUCCAAGGCCUAGUACCCAUUACCACCAUGUGCCCCCAAGCCUGCGACAUGUCGGCCCCCUCCUCUGCCAUCACCAGCCCCCAACACACGGCAGACCCAGCCCUGCUUCAAAGGCAGCUGAGCCUGGGGAAGGAAGGCCUCGGCCUUGACUCUGACGCAGGCGAGGGCCCCUCUACGUCAGGAGCCGGAGCAGCAUGUAUGGGAUCUGGCGUUGUGUCUGCAGCGGUGAGCAGGUGUGGGACCCCAGGCCUCAUGACUGCACCGGACACACUGGUCUGCAGUCAGCUGCUGCCCCCUCCAGCUGCUGCAACCCAGGAAGAGGAAGGAAGCUGUAGUGACCUUGAUCUCUCUAGGAUGACCUUGAGCCCAGGGACAUCCACGUCACCAUCUACUGAAUCACCAUCCACUCCAGCCCCUCAGCAGAACUCGUCUUUAGACUGCCCCCCUUCCCAGGCCAGUGACCCCCCCACAGAUCACUCCCCUGUAGACCCAGAGGGUAACUGCAGCAACGCCAAGGAGGAACAAUCGAGAGCGGAGAAGUGCCGUCUCCUCGUUCACAGUCAGGCAUUACACACAACUAUGCUUUCUGUGGUGAUACGGAUGAGUGCACUCAGUGUGCAGUCUGGUCUACUCUAUGUUACUUUGAUACUGCUAAGUAAAAAUGCCGUCACAACAGCGAAUAAUGAAGCGCCCCGUGUUCGUGAAGCUCGGUCAGUGGGCGAUCAGGUGGUAGUUCAUCCUGUGGACUGUGUUUUGUCAGCGUGGAGCUCGUGGUCACGCUGUGACACCUGUCAGAAAAAAAGAUAUCGUUAUGCUAAACUGGACCAGCCAUCCCAGUUUGGAGGUCAGCCGUGCAAUUUUCAUGACAGGGAGGAGGAGGCCUGUGACGUUUCAGCCCGCUACACAUGUGACAAUGUUCCUUUAUGUGAAGGAUUCCUCUGCACCCAAACAGGUCGCUGUAUUCACAGAACUCUGCAGUGUAGUGGGGAGGAUGACUGUGGGGACAUGUCAGAUGAAGCCGGCUGUAAGAAUGUUCCCAAUCCCUGCAAGCAGGCUGAAGAGUAUUGGGGAAUCGAAAACCUCGCCAAAGGAAUCAAUAUUUUGAACAGUAACCUGGAGGGAGUGGUGCUAGAUAACAGAUACUACGCUGGCAGCUGCUUGCCAUACUACAUCGAGGAUGUCAGAUUCAGGAAGCCUUACAAUUUGCAACAGUACACUCUGCAGACAAAAGGGUCAUAUGAUUUCACCCUGCAGUCUUUUAAGUCAUACUCUGACUACAAGGACCACACCAUACAGGAGCACUCAACCCAAACUACUGUUUCCUUUGGCUUUGCCAUUCCAGGCGUAGCUGAAUUUGGCUUCAACUACAAUAACGCCCAAAAAACCAAAGCCGAACAGAAGAUCCGCCGUGCUUCUAGUAAGACUAACAGCUUUGUGAGGGCCAAAGCAGAACUGGAGUUGGCCCAGUACAUGUUGAAGUCCGAUGAUUUGAUGCUCCACCCUGAGUUCCUGCAGCGCCUGCGCUCCUUGCCACAGUCUUAUGUUUAUGGGAAGUACAGGCAGAUCUUCAGGGACUACGGCACCCACUACAUCACAGAGGCAACCCUCGGAGGAGACUAUGAGCACACCAUCAUCCUGAACGAGGAGAAGCUCGAGAGGACAGUUUAUUCUUUGGACGACUUUAAACGCUGUACGGAGUCAGGCCUUAAGGUCGGGGCCAACAUAUACGGUGUUUAUGUGUCGGUGGGGUUUCAUGGUGGAUCCUGUAAUGGCUUGCUGAAUGAGAUGGGAGAGGACACGUUGAGUGGCAGCAUGGUGGAGGACUUUGUGUCUGUAGUAAGGGGGGGGAGUAGUGAGUCCAUCACUGCUUUGGUGUCUAAAAAGCUUCCCACUCCGCAGCUGAUGGGGCUCUGGGGCGAAGGCGUGCGUUUUAACCCUGACUUCAUUCGCUCAACAACACGGCCGCUGUAUGAGCUGGUGACCUCGAGAGACUUCUCCCACGAUGCUACCUUGAAGAGAAACCUAAAGAAAGCUCUGUCAGAGUACCUGGCAGAGGCUAGUCCGUGUCGCUGUGCUCCAUGCCACAACAAUGGAGUGGCCGUUUUGAGAGGCACCAGGUGUGACUGUGUGUGUCCUGUUGGCUACUCUGGGCAUGGCUGUGAGAUCACUAAUAGACGAAAAAAUUUAACCAUUGACGGCAGCUGGAGCUGCUGGGCUGCAUGGUCACCCUGCAGUGGAAGAACAAUGAGGAGGAGUCGACAGUGCAACAACCCAGCGCCUGGCGAAGGAGGCCUGGCAUGCAGAGGACUGCAGCAAGAGUCCACUGAAUGCUUUUAAUGUCUGCUCAACAGCACCGUUUUAUAAAACCUUCCUUGAAACCAG